CAUAUAAUGAUGCAGAAUAAAAAAAGAUUAUCGAAUAAAUAUUUUUUAAAUUCUUUUAAUAAUGGUAUUAAAAUUAAAGUAAUAGGCAUUAUAAAUACUAUUGCCUUUCAGAAAGCACGAAUAUGUGCAGAAAAAUUAUAUCAACAUUUAUCAUUUAAAUUUUCUGUACCACAAAUUAUAGAAAUGUUUCAAGUAGAAUGGCAUGAAUACAUUAAUAAAUUAAAAAGAGUAAUAAUACAUUACUAUUAUUUCAAUAAUAUAUUAUAUUAUAAUAAUUUAAUUAUAUUUUUAUAUAUAUAUAUAUAUACAUAUUUCUAGCAAAUUGGAGGUAAAAUAUGGUCAUUAACACAUACUGUUGCUGUUUUUAUAAAUGACGAAUAUCUUGGUAAUGAAGUAGAAUUUUUUCAUUAUAUAAGUCAAGAUUAUAUCUUUAAUUUACCUUUUGAAAUAGAAUAUUAUGAAAAUCUUGCUAUUGAAUGCUCUAAACGAUUUAUGGAAAAAUCUAAAGUAAAUUGUUCAUUAUUAAUUACAAAGAAUUUUAUUUAUUUAUUUUGAUAAUUUAAUGAUAUAAUGAUAAUUUAAUGAUAUAAAUUGUAUAUAAAUAUAAUAAUAUUAAACUUUAGAGGAAAUAUGUUUAUUUCACGUUUUCCGUAAAUGAUUCGCCUAUUGGUUCCUUCUUAUUUAUGCUAUAUUCUGAUUUGUUACCAUUAACUUGUCAACAUUUUUUUAAAUCUUUGUACUGGAUAUGAUGAAAUAAAAGAAUGUUAUAAAGAUGCUUAUUAUAUAAAUAUGCAUUUACAUCGUAUAGUAAAAAAUGGAUGGAUUCAAUGUGGAGGAUGUGAACAUAUUAUAUAUGAAAUUAAUAAAAAUGCAGAAAAUAUUAAAAUACCUGAUGAGUCUUACUGUAUUCCUCAUGAUCGCAGAGGAGUUCUUUCAAUGGCAAAUAAUGGAAAACAUUCUAAUGAAUCACAAUUUAUUGUAUGUUUAAAAUCAAAUCCUUGGAUGGAUCAUUUUUAUGUUGCUUUUGGACAACUUAUAGAUGGUAUUGGAACUUUAAAAACAUUAGAAAAUAUAUCAACAUUUUAUGAACAUCCUAUUGAACGAAUAAUAAUUUCACAAUGUGGAGAAUAUAUUUUUGGUGAUGAAAUUAAAAUGGAGACAGAAUCAAAGAUUUUCCCUGAACAUCAACCAGUGUGCAUGGAAGGAGAAUAUGUAAUCAAUGACAAUAUGUUUGAUUAUUAUUCUAUUACACCAUGGUUUGAUAAUAUUGUAGAUAAGAUAGAUGUUCGUGAUACUGCAUCGCUUUUGAUAGCUGAACGAUAUUUAAAUGGUCUUUAUUGUCUUACAACUGAUUAUGAACCAGAAAUGGAUAUGCAUAUUUAUGAAAAAAUUUAUUUAACUGAUAUGGCAAGAUAUGAUACAAUAAAAAUCAAAUUUCAUGAUUUAUUAUUGAAUUUUCAACCAAAAGUAAUGACAGAACAAGAAAAAAUAAUAUUUGUUUCAGAAAUUUCUAAGAUUAUUUUAGCUUAUAUUUUUCGUUAUGAAUAUAAUGAAUUUUGUCUGCAACACAUUUCAUUGAAUACUCAUGCAACAAUACAUAAAAUACUAAAAAUUGCGCAUGACAUAGCAUCAAAGGCUAUUAAAAAGGCUGAAGCAAAAUCUAUCAUUUCUUUAGAAUGUAACAGUUCAAAAAUUACGAAAAUAUUUGAAGCAAAACAUGUUACUAACAUAUUAGUCUCUGAAGGUUGUAUAUCAAUAUUAGAAAAAAUAAUAAAUAAAGCUAUACUAUGUUUGAUAAGAACUUUUGAAACACAAGAAUAAAAA